UUUUUUGGUGUUUUCGUCCUCUUUUCUAGAUUCUGACUCUCUCAGUCUCUCUCUCUCUCUCUCUCUCUGUCCUCUCUGGCAUUGAGUUUUUGGUGGCGGUCUUGAGUUUCAUUGGCCAUGGGUUUUCGGUGACGGUGCCAAUCUUGAUUUUUGGUUGGUUUUGGAGUGUCGAGUUGCUGUCUAUCUUGAGUUUCGGUGGCGGUGCCGAUCUUUGAUUCUCUGUUGGUUUUGGGUGUCAGUCUCUCUCUCUCUCUCUCUCUCAUUUGGCCGUGGGUUUGUUUUUGGUUGUGGUGUCUGGUCUUGAGUUUCGAUUGGUUUUUUUGGGUAUUGGGUUGCCUGGUUGUAGUUGGUUUCGGUUGCUUGUGGUUGUAGCUAGUUUCAGUUAGUUUUGGCUGUCCCACUAAAAGUAAAUUUUUAGUACGUUGACAUUUUGUUUUUUUAGAGUGCUGACACUGGUGCUCUAGCCUUUAAAUGGGAUUGAAUGUUAAAGAUGUUAUAGCUGGUUGGAAUUGCUCAUCAAUGGAAGCAUUCUAUCUCUUGGCCACAAUUCUCUCCAACUUCCUCAAAUCCCUCACUCUUUCUCUCCUCCUCCUCUUCCGCACUCUCCUCCCCCGCCAUUGGUUUUCGCGCUCCUCCUCUAACUCAUCAGAAUCUCUCUCUCUCUACGAAGGCACCGUCUGGCACGAGCGCCGUCGCCCCGUCCGCCAUUCUUUCUGGUACCCAGUCCGCUACGCGCUUUAUAACCUCGACCACGCGCCACACGCGCCUCCCGACCACCUCUCCGCCGACCAAGCUCGCCAAAUUGCCUCCACCAACGGACAAGUGUAUGUAUUAAUUUUGCUUUUGACAAUACCUCCGAGUGUGGGAUACGUACAAAACCCACUGAGUGUGUAUUAUUGCUACGAUGUUGAAGCUGAAGCCCAAGCCUCUGCCUCUACUCAGCUUUUGAAGAAGUGCAUUGCUGAGGUAACAAACACACCAUGGGGUGAAAGAGUAACAUUUGUUUUCAAUCCAAAUUCUGAUUUAGUGGCAAAGUCCUUACACGUUAGUCCCUUUAUGGAUAUGCUUGGGAAUUGGAACAUGAGAGCAAAUGCUCCUGGAGAUAAUCUGUAUGUGACAAUCUCAGUUCAACACCCCAAGCUUGGUGACUAUUUUACGGCUGUCUUGGAAGCAAAAAGAGUUCCCUCAUCCUUAGUUUCUGAUCAUGCUAUGUUCUUCUGGUUGAUGCCUCACAAGGUUGCAGUGUGGAUCUACUGGCAUGCUUUGAAGCUGUGGUGGAAAAAUGUAUCAUACAUCCAACACCCUAGGUAUACUAACCCAGCAUAUAGGGAGGAAGCUUCGAUACGUGACCACAAAAUUCAAUGCUGUCCAAUAAUUGGAUCAGACAAAGAGAAACACCUGCAAUUUGAAGGAAGCGAUCAAGGGUAUUUCCUGGACAGGAGUUGCGAGAUUCGUCAGUUCACAUGGAGAAAGGCUAAGUGGCCCUGGUCUUGAAUACAGGGGGAAAGAAUCUGUGUUGUCAUUCAUAGGUAUACAGUAAAAAGCAAUAAAUUUGAAAGAAGAAAUCAUUGGUGGUUAAUAAUUAUUUCAAAGAAACCAUCACACUUCACACUCAAUUCAUGUGAUGAUUUCAACUCUUGUGAAUUGAGUUCAAUCAUACAUGGUUCAAUGGAAAAUCUUUAAGUCGUAUUUUAAAAAGUCAUUAUCAAUCGAACAUCUUAUUCUCUA